AUGGCGACCGCAGAUUACCUUAUUCCUUCUCUCCCCAAGAGAGCAGGAGCGGGCGCCAUUUUCGACAGAGCCGGGCUCAUUUGCAUAUUCAUGAGGAGGGCGGGGGCUCAGGGCCGGUAUAUAAGCGGAGGCGCAGCCAAGCCGCUGCGUAGUUCGCGCUGGGACUUUGAAGCUCGAGGUUCAUUUGCGCAGCUAGGAAGCGACUUCGGUAAGGGGGAGGGGGGCGACGCGGGGCGGGCGCACGAAGGUGGGGAAAUAAAGAAAUAAAAAAUAUAUAUCUUUUGAUUGAUAAUAUUAAUAGGUCGGGUGGUCAGUCGCAGAAAAAAGGCGCCUUUUUAUUUUUUUUACUUACUGUGGGUCCGCUUGGAAGGCGAGCGGCGAACCGCGCACCGGGAGAAAGGGACAAAAACAAAAUGGCUUCCCGACAGGCUUGUGGGGGAAGGAAGACUCAAAAUGGCGGCGGAGCCGGGAAGGGAUGUGGGGGGUAGUGGCGCGCAUGCGCGGAGGGAGAGCGAGAGACGGGGUGGGUUUCCGCGCAUGCGCUAGCGGCUGCCCUAAAUCCCUGUACCUGUACUGUAAACGGGCGCGCAUGCGCGUACGUGGUGGCUUUAAUUCCCCGCCCCCACGCAAGACAGGUCCUGAAUGGACAGCAAAAAGGUUGCAUUUUAGAUGCGUGAUAAAAUUGCAUUAUUAUUAUUAUUCUGCUGGGAGCCGCCCAGAGUGGCUGGGGAAACCCAGGCAGAUGGGCGGGGUAUAAAAAAUAACCUAUUACUAUUUUUGCACAGCCUUUCUGACAUUUCAUCUGCUUAUUUUGAUUUGUUUUUCAACUGCUAACCUUCCUUGAGACAUUUCAAUUUGUUUUUCAACUGCUAACCUUCCUUGAGACAUUUCAAUUUGUUUUUCAACUGCCCACCUUCCUUGCGCGCAGAUUUUAAUUGAGACAUAUUUGAUGGCUCGUUUCACGUCAUUUGUGCUCCCGUUGGUUGCUAAUUUGGUUUUGUGCCUCCCAUUUAGGGCACUCUGCCAUUUAGGAAGCAAAAAAUGCCUCGCGUGAAGAAGAAUAUCCCAAUUCAUUAUUUUCGCAAAGUUUAUAAUCUGCACUUGCGUAGAAAUACGUGAAAAGGAUAAACAUUAAGAGAAGGGCCAAUUAAAAGUAUCUUUAACAGUAUGGUUGGUUGAAAGAAGGGAGAAGGCCUUUCAUGUACAGGUGUUAUUUAACACAUGGGCCUUGGAGCUUUAAAAAAAGCAUAGGAAUGGGCUUGUUUACAUUUUCUAAGGUUUUUUCAGCUGUGAUAGACUACUAAUCCCAUUCAAUACAAGAAUACCAUUUUUUUUCUUUAUCUGCUUCGCUCCCCCCCCCAUCCUUUUUCCUUUUAUUUGCCUACUUGCAAAAGAGGAGCCUGCCUUUACAUUUCCAACAAUUCUGUAGAAGGGGGGACGUUUGUGGCAAAUGUGGCUUUUCAUGCAGGGCUGGUUAGUGCAGUGGUACCUCUGGUUACGUACUUAAUUCGUUGCGGAGGUCCGUUCUUAACCUGAAGCACCACUUUAGCUAAUGGGGCCUCCCGCUGCUGCCACCGCACGAUUUCUGUUCUCAUCCUGAAGCAAAGUUCUUAACCCGAGGUACCAUUUCUGGGUUAGCGGAGUCUGUAACCGGAAGCGUAUGUAACCCGAGGUACCACUGUACAGUAUUUUUAUAAACAAAGGUUUAAAGGUAAUGAAACUGUUUUCUCUUCUGCAUUGAAGAAAACGGAUAAAACAGGAUUUGUGUCACUGGCUGCUAAGCUCCUUAAGUUUUGAGUGAGUCGUGACCCCACCCGGUUGAUGAUCCGGCGAACUUGUUCUAGGAGGGGUGUUGCGUGUUGUCACCUUGGGCGAAUGCUGAACACGAGGCUUGUUUUUUUGCUCCCAGGGGAGAAAAUGGCAUCAGAUGAAGGAAAGCUCUUUGUCGGCGGCCUCAGUUUUGACACCAAUGAACAGUCGCUGGAGCAAGUCUUCUCUAAAUACGGACAGAUCACUGAUGGUAAUUUUAAAAAAUAAUUUACUUCAGCAUUGAUUGGUACGUGGUAGGCUCAGCCGGUAUAAAAGAUAACCUUGAGUUUGCCCCACACUCAAAUUAAGAAUGAAAUAAGCACUCUGAUUAGCACGAAUUCUCAUGGGGAUAAGUUUGGCUUUGUGCCCUGCACUUAAGUUGACCAAAGGGCUUAAAUUUCUCCUUCCAGUGAGAAAUUUAAGAGCGAGCCAGUGUGGUGUAUUGGUUAUGAGCGGUAGACUCGUAAUCUGGUGAACCGGGUUCGCGUCUCCGCUCCUCCACAUGCAGCUGCUGGGUGACCUUGGGCUAGACACACUUCUCUGAAGUCCCUCGGCCCCACUCACCUCACAGAGUGUUUUUUGUGGAGGAGGAAGGGAAAGGAGAAUGUGAGCCGCUUUGAGACUCCUUCGGUUAGUGAUAAAGCAGGAUACCAAAUCCAAACUCUUCUCUUCUUCUUCCUUCCCACCAGUUGUUGUCGUCAAAGACAGAGAAACCCAGAGGUCCAGAGGGUUUGGCUUUGUCACCUUUGAGAGUGUUGAUGAUGCUAAAGAUGCGAUGAUGGCUAUGAAUGGGAAGGUGAGUUCUGUUCUGUGGUGGCUGUUCUGAACAGCGGUCCUUGGUAGAACAGAAGUCCUUCUGUUUUUAGGAUGUGAUUACGAUAGAACAACUGUUAAAAGUUAGCAGUUUGGGGAAACGUAACUUCUCGGUGGUGGGGCCUCCCUGUGGAACGCCCUCCCAUCAGAGGUCAAGGAAAUAAACAACUACCUGAUUUUUCAGAGACAUCUGAAGGCAGCCCUGUUUAGGGAAGUUUUUAAUGUUUGAUGUUUUAUCGUGUUUUUACUAUUCUGUUGGGAGCCGCCCGGAGUGGCUGGGGAAACCCAGCCGGAUAGGCGGCGUAUAAAUAAUAAAUUAUUGUUAUUAACUGAGGAUCUGUUUGAUAGCCACCACUUUUGCGUGCGUCUUAAUUAUAAUACCCUUGUGGAGCACUCUGCUAACCCCGAAACCCCUCAUUUUUCCAGUCUGUCGACGGCCGCCAAAUCAGGGUUGAUCAAGCAGGCAAGUCGUCCGACAACAGGUCCCGCGGCUACAGAGGUGGCUCGGCUGGCGGCCGGGGCUUUUUCCGCGGAGGCAGAGGCCGGGGCCGGGGCUUCUCCAGAGGUGAGCCGGGGCUUGCAAGUGGCCUCUGUACCUUCGGACUUUGGUUGCGUUGAACUGGAUGCACCUCAAGCCUCUGUUCGGUUCUCCUUCCCCAGGAGCCGGUGGAGACCGAGGUUACGGUGGCAGCCGGUUUGAAUCGAGAAGCGGGGGAUACGGUGGUUCUAGAGACUACUAUGGUGGCAGCAGGUAAGCCCUGGGGAGGUUGGGUCAAAAAAUAGCCCCAUGCACCUGCUGGUUGUAGCUGUGCCUUGUGAAUGAGCAUCUUCUCAUUUCUCCCCACAGCAGGAGUCAAGGCAGCUAUGGCGACAGGCCUUCAGGAGGCUCCUACAGAGACAGCUAUGACAGUUAUGGUAAGCCCUAGAUCAUAAGGGAAAGGAUACACUGACACGGGAAUGCCUGGAGCCUCUUUUUGAUUUUUGCAGGGAUGGUAACCUUUGGAAAGUACCGCUAGGUUCGCUUUGGAGCCUAUUGCCGGCAAGCCUCUCCUUGCCUUCAAAAAUCGCCGCUCUUCUGGCAGGCCUUUAACGGGGGGGGGAACCCCCCGCCCUCAUUAAUGCAUGCGCCACGCUUAGUCGGACCCAAAGCCAAAAUUGCGAGUCGUUCGUGACUAGCGGUUGUUUUUUUUCCGGAAGCUGGAAAUGACGCCAGAGAAAGCCUCUCGAAAGCCCAGGAGCGAAAAAGAAAGGGGUGGGAGAUAAGGAGAGAUAGCGUUGGUAGCCUUGAGGUGCUGCUUUGCAAGCGAGUAGGGGAGGAAGAAAUGCUGGGACCUUUGUCUAUGCUUCGGUGCCUUUACAAUUCUGCCUGCUUCUUGUCCUCAGCUACACACAACGAGUAAAAAACCUUCCUGGCUCAAGAUCGUCCUUCCAAUGGCUGUAUUUAUAAAGAUUUUGGGAGCUUCGCUGAAAUCCGUUCUUGUGUAGUCAUCUCCUUUGUAUAUUCUCACUUUUGUAGUAAACUCUCAGUUCUGACCUUGUCAAAACAAAAGCACAGCCUGACAGCUUCUAAUAUGCGAUGGUCUGUUCAGACUCAAAGAAAGCUCUGGGUUUUUCCUCUCUCAAGUGUUUUAACGUAUUUUUUUUUAAAGCACUUAAGAUUUUAGUUCAUUUGUGAGCAGAGGUGUGUGUGUGUGUUUGGUUGUGUGUCCUUUAGUGUGUGUUGUUUUUUUUUAUUAAAAAGAAAAAGACUGGAAGGUUUUGGGGCCCCAUUUCUGUGGAUUUUUUGGUUUUGUUUUGAGCGAGAAAGGACCGUAAUUGUUCAGUAGAAGCUGAGCAAGCUGUGAAGUCGGUUUGUUUUAGUGCAUCGUUUUGUAACAAACUUUAGUGUAGCAAGGUAGGCUCUGUAGCCUGGGUAUGACUUUAUAAACGACUUUAAAAGGCAACCCACCUUGGUAUACCUAAAGCGAAACUUUGCUUGUAUGUUCAACCUGCAAUUUAAGAGACUUUUGCUUGUAUGCCAUAAAACGUAUCCCAGAAAGACUCUGCAAAUCUUAACUCGCAAGAGGCUCGUGGGAAAAAAAAAAUGUUUAUUUCUGUUGUCCUUUUUUUACUGGAAGAAAAGUAUAUGCCUAAUUCAAUUGAUGUUGUAAUUUUGAAGUGGUUUAAAAAGGAUUUCUUGUACAGUUUUCCUUUUGGCUUCACGAAGCCUAUUAAAAGUCCAUCUGAAAAAAAAAUCAUCUGCUCUUGAAAUUUUACAUCUUGCUGCACAACACAACUCUGGAUUUGAGCGUCAAAAGUGUACAGUCAGAGAGGAAGGGCAGCUAGCUGCAGAGAGAGGAUUUUCAGGCUGGCUAUCGUAACGGUGGUGAAAACAACGCAAAUCUUACUGUACUUUUAAGUACAGUAGAUAGAUGCCAGGUCAGGUUGAGGGUGAUUGAAGUUGAAGCAAGAGUAUCUAAAGGAGCGUAGCCACCUCCUUUCCCCAUCCAUGGGGUCCGUUCUCAGCUUGGCUAGAACGGAUCCAACCUUUGAAAAAUAACACCGCCGCUCCCCAUUGUAAUUUGCACCUGGUGACUCAGAGCAGACAGCUUGCGACAAGAGUUAGCGUGUGAGCAAGAAUUAGCUGACACCUUUGGUAGCUUGAAAAGCCAGCCAGACGUUCUUAGCCGACAAGGGAGCCUCGUUGUAACCGGGGUCAGCUGCUGCUGCCAAUUCUUGACAGUGUUCCAAGGCCGAUAACUGUGACCUAAUUUAGCUAGCUUUGUCGUUGCCUUCUUAAGUUCUGAGAAUUCUCUGCUAGCGUAUGGAAAACUGCAGUGCCUUGACGAAAAAGCGAAGUGUUGUGCAUCCAACAGAGAGAGAACCUCUGGGACGAAAGCUGCUCUCUUGGCUAGUUCAUAUGUGGGGAUAGUCCCGUAAUUCGAGGUAACUCCUUUCCUCAUGUCCGCAUCCUUCCUCCUGUUGAGAGCUCAUAUUUAUAUAUAUUUUUUUUUGAAAGUCUGAAUGUUUUAACCCGUCCGAAAGCAAAAAUUUUCUCUGCCAGUUUCGGUCAGCUGAAAAAAAAACCACCCUUAAAAAAAACCCUUUUUAAAAAAAAUCUCCUGUACCGAGUCUUUGUUUUUUGUGGCAUAAAUUCCAUGUGGGUCAGAAGGGGUGUUGCGUUCACAGCCAUUUCUUUGCCGGUAGGGUAGAUGUCAGAUGGGGAAAAAACAAAUUCCCCCCCAAGGGACUAAUGCUCAUCUCGGGAGACUCUUCCUUAAGACUUAAGUCCACGUAACUGUAACGUUCUCUGCCAUCGUGUUUGCAUUUUAACUUUUCCCCCGUAGCCCACGCUUAUUCCUAAGCAACCGUUUUCCUCCGCGACUAAUGCUUUUUGUGGGGGGGAGGUCAGCUGCCAUUGUCCAGUCCGAGGGGGACGCAGGUUCAGUCUCGGAACGCUUGACCCCCACGCUGGGCUCUUGAGAGUCAGUGCGGGUUCGCAGAAACCCUUUCGUGGGGAAACGCUGGUUGCUGGGCAGGGUGUGUGAGGGGGGGCAAGGUAGAAAGCGUAGAGGCUUUGCCAUGUGCGGUAUAAAUAUAUAUUUGUAACCCAGGUUUGUCUUGGCAGGUUGACGGAGAAAAAAAGACAUUGAUCAGGAAGUGGUUUUGAGGCUGGGCGUGGAACAUAGACCGUAAGCCAACUUCGACUCUUUAGCAGGUAAUUCUCUUGGUGGUUUGCUAGGCGUAGAAAGCAGAUGGGUUUUGUUUUCAGAUUAAUGCUGACAUAUAUAUAUAUAUCCUAAGUUUUCUUGUACGGGGUGUUAACUGCGUAUUCCCCCCCGAUCUUCUCUUUCAGUCGCGUGCUGCGUGGAAGAGGACCGGCGAGGAGCACGCCGGCGUCCGGGCUGGGCAGCAAAAGCUUCGAGAGCUGUUUACAUUUUUUUAAUGGAUUCAACAAGGCUAAUAAAACACAGGGCUACAAAUACGGCUGAGUUGUGCAUAUACGCUGAAGGCAACAGGGAGCCAUGGCAGGGGGAAAUGUGUUGGCAACACUUGCACCCAAAAAAACCGCACAUCGUGGAGUCAUUACUAGCCUAGUUGAAUUAGGAGGGGAAUGUAGCUCUUAAGAAAACUGCUUAGGGAUGGCUCUAGCCCUCCGUAUCUAGGAAGCCUUUAACCCUCACCCUAUUACCCGAGAUCCUUUAUUUUGGGGCUGGGUCCUGAGAGAAGCCUCCCAGGUUGUAAAGAGUUCUGGCAGAGCGGCGCUGAGCAUUUAGGGGUGAAGGGGACCUAUCCAGAAGGCUGUUCUGUGAGCUAGGGGACAUUCCCGACACAGCACAGGAGGAGCCCGGGGGUAAAACUUCCUUCUACGCUUUAUGGCGCAAGUUAGCCGAGAGCUUUUGAGGCUCUUCGGUUAAAGGGAUAUUUCUUGGGAGUGCAGGGAAGGAGGCAAGCUUUGCAGCUCACUACUACGUUAUUGCUUAUUUCGUAACACGUGCACUGCUGCUUCAUUGCAGCAUACGAGAAUAAAAUCAUAAUAAAUAGAAAUGUUU